UCAGCACACAAAAGUUCUGUUACAUUAGCGAACAUCUUCCAUGUGCAGAUGGUUCUAAGCAGACACAAGUGACGCAUCUUGACUUCCAGCCGAGUUGUGACCUGUCGUGCCACCCAAGUCGGCCCGGCUCGCAGCACCGAUUCUCCUCGGUAGGGGUAACGAGGUCCAACCGAGAAAACUCACAUCCCGAGCAGGUUCCCAGAGGGGGCACCGUGUUUCCAAAUCGGGAGUAUGAAUAUUCAUAGGUCACCAGAGUGGGAGGGGCCGGUGGACUGCCCCCCUUUGGAGGAAAGCGGGUAUAUUAGCGCUCGGCGGAUCCUCUAACAACAUACAUGUGCCCUUGUUCGAGCGGAGAGUGUCAGUGUUCAUCACUUGCUCUCUGACACUUCAAAAUAUCACUCCCAUCACAGUUUUAGUUGGAGUAGGGGUGACUUAAGAGACACCAGACCAGGAUGGAGUUUGUGGAACUGAGCAGCUGUAGGUUCGACGCGACGCCGACCUUCUGCGAUCGUCCAGCCGCCCCCAACGCCACGGUCCUACCGGGCGAACACUUCCCCGUACCGAACGGCUCUUACGAGUCGGACCAUGGGGACGGUCACGUCCUGGCCCCGGGCCCGUCCUUCCACGGCCCCGGCCGCUGUCUGCUCUGGGCCUGCAAGGCGUGCAAGAAGAAGACGGUCCCGAUCGACAGGAGAAAGGCCGCCACCAUGAGAGAGAGGCGUCGUCUGGUCAAAGUCAACGAGGCCUUCGACAUACUGAAGAAGAAGUCAUGUGCCAACCCGAAUCAGAGGCUCCCCAAGGUGGAAAUCCUCCGCAACGCCAUCUCCUACAUCGAGCAGCUCCACAAACUGCUACGGGACAGCAAGGAGAACUCGUCGGGAGAGGUCUCGGACAGCUCCGCUCCCAGCCCCGGGUCCUGCUCGGACGGAAUGGCUGCCCACAGUCCCCACAGCUUCUGUACAGACACAUCCGGGAACUCAUCCUGGGAACAUGGUGACAGGCAUCAUGGGAACGGCCACGAGAACCAGUCAUGCGGUAACAACGUGUCGAGUCUAGACUGUUUGUCUCUCAUCGUACAGAGCAUUUCUACUAUUGAAGGCGAGGAGAACAACAACGCGAGCAACCCGCCAAGAUGAGAGACCCGCGCCAAAACAGGGGACUGCCAUUCAUUUUUAACAAAGGAGGCAUCGGGGACCAUGUGUACAUUUCCAAUGAACUUAUAUGGACUUGAGAGAGAAGUAAUUAUUGUGAGGAAAAGUCGUUGUGUUGUUGUUGGUCUUGUUGUCGUAUUCUUCUUGUGAAGUCUCGCGAGAGAUGAAGUGUCCACGAGAUUUUCUGAACGACUGAAUGUAUAUCUAUUUGUACAUAUGCUGUAUAUACUUGACUUCCAAGCUACGCCGUGUUCUCGUGCUAGAAAUAAAUAUUUACAUGUUGUGUGUUUUCUUACAAA